UCAAAGUUUUACUUCAUUAAAACCUAGCUUUAGACUGUAACGUUAGGUGAGCCGUCGUCCAGUGCUCUCCAUGUUGGCCGAGCAGCUGACAGUUUGGCUCGUUGUUAAGGUGAGGUGGGUCUCUAGGACCCCGCAGAAAUGCGUUCGCGGGGCGGGGGACCAGGCGGAGAAAGGUGAAGUUAACCUCAAAGGACUGAUCAGAGGUCAGUUUGGACAUUUACUCGAUGUAGCGUUACCGCUUGAAAACGGCUCUUGUAGCCGAUCUCCUGUCGGUUUAUCCCAGAGCUACGCAUUUUGACAACGACACGAAUGAGAUAAACACAGAAGGCUAGGCUUUUAGCUAGCUUACAAAUAGUUUGACCUGCACACGUGAUGAUCUUCAAGUUUAAGACCAAAAUUAUUACCCCGGCUGGUCCUUCUGAGCUAGCGAAAUGGCCGUUUGUCGUUGUUUGGGCUGACGGUGGUCCGCGGCAUUGAUGCGGCUGAGCGCAGAGACCCAGAGCAAACGGCCGUCAUAAUCCGCAGUGUCAACAUCUCCAAUCAACUUAUUCCCCGGGGGUGGAGGUUACGCCGGGAGCCGGCCUGUUUUGGAUCAGCUAUGCAAGCGAACACAACGCGGGGCUUCCUGUGGUCGGACGUGGAGACGAGGACGCUGCUGAACAUCUGGGGAGAGCAGGACAUCCAGGCGGCGCUGGAUGGAAACUUCCGAAACAGCUUCGUGUACCGCGACGUCUCCCGGAGGCUGGGAGCCAUGGGGUUUGAAAGGACGCCCGAGCAGUGCAGGGUGCGGAUCAAGAGCCUCAAGAGGCAGUACUUGUUGGCGAAGGAGGGCAAUCUGCGGAAUAAUGGGCAGUAUCACAAGAUCUGCAAGUUUUAUGACACCAUGGAGAGGAUUUUGAGUAACCGGCCGAGUCUGGACGCCCAGGAGUUUAUAGACAGCGGUGCGGGAGGAGAGGAGGCCGUCGAUGGCCCGGAUGAGGACGGGGAAGAUGCUCAGGAUGCUUACUCUGAGAGCACAGGGGAGUGUCCUUAUCCCGCUGAGACUGAAGUCAAGUUGGAAUACCCAACUGUUCCCAUCCCUAUUCCGGUUAAAGUGACAGUGGGGAAUAAUGGGACUUGUGCGAAGCCGCCUAACAGCAGCCAGUCGGCCAGCUGUUUGUCAGCCAGAGCGCCCAAACGGCCCAGGAAGCGACGCGCCAAUUUCCCCAUGGAGAAGCUGAUGGAGCAGUUCCUGGAGCAGAGCGCCCAAGCCGAGGACAACUUCUACCGGAUGGAGGAGCAGCGCUUGCAAGCAGAAGACCGGCGCCGGGAAGCUGAGCAUGCCCGGGAACUGCACAUGCUUCAGAUGCUUGGCCAGAUGUUCGCCAGCAUCUCCUCCUCCGGCUCAGCAUCCGCUCCGUCCAAGACGGCGAAUCCUGGCCGCGCUCCGGUCAUUUCCAGUACCUCCCCGUCGCAUACACGUGGCCACUCCGGUCAUCCCAAACGCCCUUCGCCCCAGACAGACUCUCUCGCACAGCAGAAUCCAUUUCUGAGCGCAGACCCUCAGGCGUUAGUUUUUGAGCGCUUCUACGGUUUGGGCUCCACGUCGCACAGAGGUAUGGAGGAUGACAUCCUGUCACUGGUAAAGAACAUAGUCCCUCCGCUGACAUCCAAAAAACACAAGGGACAAGAUGGACGUAUUGGGAUCAUUGGAGGAUGUCAAGACUACACUGGAGCUCCUUACUUUGCUGCCAUCUCUGCUUUAAAAGUGGGGGCUGACUUGUCUCACGUGUUCUGCACCAAAGAUGCUGCAGUUGUAAUCAAAUCAUACAGCCCUGAGCUCAUAGUCCAUCCAGUUCUGGACAGUCCUAACGCGGUGGAAGAAAUAGAAAAAUGGCUUCCAAGACUACACGGACUUGUGGUGGGACCAGGCUUAGGAAGAGAAGACUUAUUAUUGAAAACAGCAAAGGAGGUCAUUGAGAAGUCGAAAGCAAGAGAUAUCCCCAUAGUCAUUGAUGCAGAUGGAUUAUGGCUGGUUACACAGCAACCAUCUGUUAUCCAAGGGUAUCAGAAGGGCAUCCUUACGCCUAACUUCAUGGAAUUCACUCGAUUGUAUGAGGCAUUGCACCACGAGCCCAUGGACAGCAGUGAUUAUCAGCGGAGCGUCAUGCAGCUCAGUGUAGCUAUGGGCAACCUCACCUUGGUGCUGAAGGGGGAGCAGGAUUUCAUCACAGAUGGCAGCAAAGUGUACUCAUGCAACUUAGAAGGCAGCGGGAGACGAUGCGGUGGUCAGGGGGAUCUCCUUUCUGGAUCUAUGGGAGUGCUGGCACACUGGGCCCAUGCUGCUUCCACAGCAGGAAUGAUCAGAAGUAUGAAUCCCUCAGUGGUUGCUGCAUUUGGUGCUUGUUCGCUCACCAGGCAGUGCAACAGUCAAGCAUUCCAGCGGCACGGCAGGUCCACCACCACGUCAGACAUGAUCCAGGAGAUCAGCUCAGCCUUCAAAAAGCUGUUCGAAAGCUAAAAACAGUCAGCGAUGCAAACAGCUGUAAAAAGAGAAUUAAUUUUACGCUCCUAACAUAGCCUUUUCGGGAUUGAAAGAAAUGUUCUUCUUUAGCUGAAUUUUAAUGAUUGAUUUGAACCCGGAAUCGAAAUCUGGUGCAAAAUAUACACACUGACAUGUUGUUUGUGUUGUGUUUAAUGGAAAAGUAAGAAAAAGAAAACCACUAGUUGAAUAAUGAAUGCCUUCACCAAGCCCACCAAAGAGACUGAGACAUUAGGAUGAAUGGGCUCACACUAAACCAGAAACCUGUAUACGUUUUGAAAUAAAUUAUAAAUGUGA